CUCCCAAUCACUAACCAACAGGCAAGAUGUCGACAUUCGAGCCGGUGAUUGUCAUUGACGGCAAGGGCCACCUCCUCGGUCGUUUGGCCUCGACUGUGGCCAAGCAGCUCCUCAACGGCCAGAAGAUUGUUGUCGUCCGCUGCGAGGCUCUCAACAUCUCCGGCGAGUUCUUCCGCGCAAAGCUGAAGUACUCCGCCUUCCUCCGCAAACAGACCCGUUUCAACCCAACCCGUGGUGGACCAUGGCACUUCAGAGCCCCAGCCAAGAUGUUCUGGCGUACCGUCCGCGGCAUGAUCCCACACAAGACUGAGCGCGGUGCGAAGGCACUCGAGCGCCUGAAGACCUUCGAGGGCGUCCCACCACCAUACGACCACAAGAAGCGCAUGGUCGUCCCACAAGCCCUCCGCGUGCUCCGCCUCAAGCCCGGCCGCAAGUACUGCACCGUUGGUCGUCUCGGACACGAGUUCGGCUGGAAAUACCAGGACGUCGUCGCCCGUCUCGAGGAGAGGAGAAAGGUCAAGGGCCAGGCAUACUACGAGCGCAAGAGCGCGGCGAGGAAGAACUUGGUCGAGGCGAAGAAGAACGCCAAGGUUCCAGAGGCUGUUCAGAAGCAGUUGGAGCAGUACGGAUACUAGAGUGGGGUUUUCAUCAUCGAAGGAGUACGCAAAGGGCUCUGCAUGACGAAUGAAGCUGCAUCUGGUUUGGUGGCUUCGAUUACGGGUUUCGCAGUUCAGGCGUUCAGAUAGCGUCACACGUCCAAAACUUCAAAAAGCCAUGACUAUC